GCAUCACAGACGGGUGUUGGUGGAGUGGCUGCAGGAUCCAUCCCAAGAGCUUGAGUUCAUAGCUGACAUUCUUAACCAAGAUGCCAAAAAUUACCAUGCAUGGCAACACAGACAAUGGGUUAUUCAGGAGUUCAAAUUAUGGGACAAUGAACUGGAAUAUAUAGACCAGCUUUUGAGGGAAGAUGUGAGAAACAACUCUGUUUGGAACCAAAGACACUUUGUCAUUUUCAACACAACCGGCUACGAUGAUCCAGCAGUCCUAGACAGAGAAGUCCAGUACACUCUUGAGAUGAUCACAGCAGUGCCACAUAAUGAGAGUGCUUGGAACUAUUUAAAAGGAAUUCUACAAGAUCGUGGUCUUUCUAAGUACCCAAAUCUGUUAGAGCAGCUGUUGAAUUUACAGCCCAGCCACAGUUCACCCUAUCUGAUUGCCUUUCUUGUGGACAUAUAUGAAGAUAUGCUUGAAAACCAGUGUGAUAACAAGGAAGAAACACUAAACAAGGCGUUGGAGUUGUGUGAAAUUCUGGCUAAAGAAAAAGACACCAUCCGAAAGGAAUACUGGAGAUAUAUUGGAAGGUCCCUUAAAAACAAGCACAGCCCAGGCACUGAACAGAGCACACUGACCGACAAGCAGCAGUAACCGUACAUGGAAGAAAACAGCAUUAGGCUCUCAAGCUGUUGUAACGUAGUACUAAGUAGGGUCAUCAACUAGUUUAAAAUCCAGUGUAGUAUUUCCCUGGUGAAGAGGUACUGCAAUGAAAGAGGAGUGCAGCGUGCUGUAUAGUCUUGGGUCGCUGCUGCUACCGGUGAUAGCUCUAGGUGCAGUCAAGAAAUGCAUAAAAGCUUAUCAUUGAAGUGUACCAAAUCAAG